GGCCUAGAGCUAGAACGGAGAGAGAGAGAUGAAGCGGUUUUCUUUCGGCGUGAUCGCAGGGUUUUUCCUCGCAGUCGGUCUGGUUACCAGUGUCCCCGUCCGUCGCGGCAGAGUACUCGAGCCCAGCAAGAGUCUUUUUCGCAGGGAUUUCGACGUCAGGCAACUGAAGAACCAUCGCACUAGUAGCGGUGAAGACGACAGCUGGGACUAUUUUCUCUUCGUGCAGACGAGUCCCUCGGGCGAUUGCUACUUCGAGAAGUACGAGAACUGUGCCUACCCGUCCAAUUCAACGCAGUGGACCAUGCAUGGAAUAUGGCCAACCAAGAAUGGAACACUUGGUCCAAACUACUGCAACGAAGUCACAUUCUCUCUUGACAAAGUAGAGGAUCUUGUGCCCCAACUGAUCAGUCAAUGGACUAACGUGAAGACAGACACAUCCUUUACCUCAUUUUGGGCUCAUGAAUAUAAGAAACAUGGCAGUUGUGCACUAGAGCUCAAUGCCAUGUCCAGUGAGUACGAUUUCUUCAGUCAAACACUGAAACUCCACCAGGAACUUGACUUCACCACCGUGUUGGAGAAUGCAGGACUUUGUGCCAUCAACUACCACAGAAUAUCAUAAAGACGACUUCGAAAGGGCCUUUCAGACCUCACUUGGAGUCCAGCCUCUACUGGAGUGCCUCUACUCACAGGCAAUGGGACAGGUCCUCUACCAGAUCUCCAUAUGUCUGAAAAAAGACUUUAGCAUCAUGCCGUGCGAGCAGUAUGUCUUUAAUUCAAGCAAGACUAGUUGUUAUGACGAUGAGACCUUCCUAUAUAUACCUCACAGCACUCACUAACAACACGCACGCACAGCGCACACACACACACACACACCACACCACAACUAUGCCCUGUGUAGUUUGUCAGAAGGCAGUCCUUACCCAAACUUUAUACUAUUUGUGUGCAUAAGAACAGAAACUUUCUUGCCACAUAUAUGGUUCAUGCAAAGUUGCCUUAUGAAAAG